GGCUAGACCGCGUCCGCUUCACACGAUCCUCCCGCACCCCUCACCGUACAACGCUCGACGUAUAAGCGGGCACCGAAUACCGUCUCGCUUCACUCUCAGCGUCCGGUACAAAACCGCCCACACCUUCAUCCACCAUCCCCUCAUCAUCACUCUCCUUGUCGUCGCCGUCUCUUUCAUCAGCGACGCUCUCCCAUUCAUUUUCUAGACUCCAGCACAUUCAUAUAAACAUAGCUUAGCAUCAAUGUCCGGCAACAAGGUCAUUGUCGUCGGCGGUGGUCUCUCCGGCCUGUCGGCCGCCCACACCGUCCUCGAGCGUGGUGGCAACGUCGUUCUCCUUGACAAGAACAGCUUCAUGGGCGGCAACUCGACCAAGGCUACCUCCGGUAUCAACGGCGCCAACACCCAGGCCCAGCAGGAGCUUAACAUUCCCGACUCUGCCGCCAAGUUCUUCGCCGACACCAAGAAGUCGGCCCGUGACCUUGCUCGCGACGACCUCAUCCACGUCCUUACCUACCGCUCGGGCGACGCCGUUAACUGGCUCGUUGAGCGCUUCGGCCUUGACCUCUCCAAGGUCUCGCGCCUCGGUGGCCACUCUGAGCCCCGUACCCACCGUGGUGGUGCCCAGUUCCCCGGUAUGACCAUCACCUACGCUCUCAUGGAGAAGCUUGAGGAGAUCGCUGCCGCCAACCCCAACCGCGCUGUCAUCCACAAGAAGACCAAGGUCACCAACCUCAUCAAGGACGGCGACCAGGUUGUUGGUGUCGAGUACGAGAAGGGUGGCGUGAAGGGCAAGGAGUACGGUGUUGUCAUCCUUGCCACUGGUGGCUACGCUGCCGACUUCACUGAGGACUCGCUCCUCAAGAAGUACCGCCCCGAGUACUACGACCUCCCCACCACCAACGGUGACCACUGCACCGGUGACGGCCACAAGAUGGCCAUGGCCGUCGGCGCCAAGGGCAUUGACCUCGAGAAGGUUCAGGUCCACCCCACUGGUCUUGUUGACCCCAACGACCCCGAGGCCAAGGUCAAGUUCCUUGCUGCCGAGGCUCUUCGUGGUGUCGGUGGUCUCCUCCUCGACAACGAGGGUGACCGCUUCGUCGACGAGCUCCAGCACCGUGACUUUGUCACCAACACUAUGUGGAAGCACAACAAGUUCCCCGUCCGCCUCGUCCUUAACGGCAAGGCUUCGAAGGAGAUUGAGUGGCACAUCAAGCACUACUCUGGCCGUGGUCUUAUGAAGCACUACAAGAACGGUGAGGAGCUCGCCAAGGCUAUUGGCUGCACUCCUGUCCACCUCAAGAAGACCUUUGACGACCACAACCACUACGAGAAGAACCCCGGCACCGACCCAUUCAACAAGAAGUUCUUCGCCAACGGCCCAUGGUCGAUGGACGACUCGUUCAACGUUGCACUCAUGACCCCCGUCCUCCACUACACCAUGGGUGGGCUUGAGAUCGGUACCGACGCUGCCGUUCACGACUCGAACGCUGCGGCCAUCCCGGGUCUCUUCGCCUGUGGUGAGCUCGCCGGCGGUGUCCACGGCGCCAACCGUCUCGGUGGCUCUUCGCUCCUCGGCUGUGUCGUCUUUGGCCGUGUCGCUGGUGGCUCUGCCUCGUCCUACCUCCUCUCUGAGCUCUCCAACGAGACCGCCGCCAACCGUCUCGGCACUGUCGGCGGCCACCUCUUCGAGACCAAGGUCAUCGCUGACCCUGCCACCAAGAGCGUGACUCUUAACUUCUCCUUCGGUGGUGCCGGUGGCGCCUCUGUCCAGACUUCUGCUGCUGCGCCCGCCCCCGCCGCCGCCGCCGCUGCUGCCCCUGCCGCUGCUGCCCAGGAGGCUGCCCCCGCUGCUGCGCCCGAGAAGAAGCAGGGCGAGUACACCGCCGAGGAAGUUGCCCAGCACAACAAGCCCAACGACUGCUGGGUCAUCAUUGGCGAGGACGUUCUCGAUGUGACCGAGUUCCUCAACGAGCACCCCGGUGGCGCGAAGGCCAUCCUUCUCUACGCCGGUCGUGACGCGACAGAGGAGUUCGAGAUGGUGCACCCAGACGGCGUUAUUGCGAAGUACGCCCCGGAUGCGAUCAUUGGUCGCCUUAAGAAGUAAAGGAAAACUGAGAGAGCUCAGUGUCAUGGAUGAGAUCGUUGUAGUGACCUAUGACAACAUUGUGUACGCAGG